CUUUCUUUCUCUCUCAUUCAUUAUUGAGUUUUUUCCCUUUGCUCCAGAUUUCUCUGUUUGAAUCUAUGGCCGUGCAUUCCCUUCUUUUGCUGCUUUUUGCAGUGUCUGUUCUUGUUGUUGCAGCUGAUGAAGAACCAUUUAUUGGUGUGAAUAUUGGAACAGAUCUAUCAGAUAUGCCACACCCUACUCAAGUAGUAGCACUACUUAAAGCUCAGCAAAUCCGACAUGUUCGAUUGUAUGAUGCUGACCAAGCUAUGCUUGUCGCACUAGCAAAGACAGGCAUUCAAGUUGUUAUCACUGUCCCUAAUGAAGAGCUCCUAGCAAUUGGCCAAUCGAAUUCGACGGCUGCCAACUGGGUUUCACACAAUGUUGUAGCCCAUUAUCCAGCAACCAACAUCACAGCCAUUUGUGUUGGUUCUGAAGUCUUAACUGCCCUUCCUAAUGCAGCAAAAAUACUUGUCAAUGCUCUUAAGUACAUUCAUUCAGCUCUCGUUGCAUCCAAUCUUGAUCGCCAAAUCAAAGUCUCAACGCCCCUUUCCUCUUCAAUCAUCCUCGAUUCAUUUCCACCUUCGCAGGCUUUCUUUAACAAGUCACUGAAUUCAGUUUUAGUCCCAAUGCUUGAUUUCUUGCAAUCCACUGGUUCUUAUCUCAUGCUCAAUAUAUACCCUUACUAUGAUUACAUGCAAUCAAAUGGUGUAAUUCCAUUGGACUAUGCACUCUUCAAGCCUUUGCCACCGAACAAAGAAGCCGUUGAUUCCAAUACCCUUUUGCAUUACACCAAUGUCUUUGAUGCUAUGGUUGAUGCAGCAUACUUUGCCAUGCUUUUUCUAAAUUACACUAACAUUCCUGUAGUAGUAACUGAAUCCGGAUGGCCCUCGAAAGGUGGAUCCAACGAGCCUGAUGCAACAAUUGACAAUGCAAAUACUUACAAUAGCAAUCUUAUAAAGCAUGUGCUGAACCAAACUGGAACUCCCAAGUAUCCUGGAAUUGCUGUUAGCACUUACAUUUACGAGCUCUACAACGAGGAUAUGAAGCCGGGGCCAUUGUCCGAGAAGAAUUGGGGACUCUUCGAUGCAAAUGGUGCACCUAUUUACAUUUUACACUUGACUGGAUCAGAUGCACUCUUAGCAAAUGAUACCAGCAACCAAACUUUCUGCAUUGCAAAGGAGGGUGCUGAUCCGAAGAUGUUGCAAGCUGCACUAGAUUGGGCGUGUGGACCGGGCAAAGUGGAAUGCUCUGCUAUGCGGCAGGGACAACCAUGCUAUGAACCAGACAAUGUGAUUGCACAUUCAACUUAUGCUUUUGAUAGUUACUAUCAUAAGAUGGGAAAGACUCCUGAAUCCUGUGACUUCAAUGGAGUGGCUACUGUCUCCACCACGGAUCCAAGUCAUGGUUCUUGUAUAUUUCCUGGAAGUUUGGGAAGAAAUGCUACCUUUACCAAUGUCACAGCACCAUCAAUGAAUUCUACAGCUUCAGAUUCCUCAUCAGCCUACAAUCCCCACAGCUCUGAGUUGAGAAUUAGAAGCCUUCUAUUAAUGGUGAUAGGAUUCUUAAUAUGUGGAGUGGUUUUGCUAUGAAGUGUGGUACAUAAUCUUGAAAAUGUGUUUCUCAUCCAAAAAUUUUGUGAUAUAUGAAUGAUGGUGCUACAAGGUUAUAUCAUCUUUGGUAGCAUUGUUCAAAUUGAUCCAUUCAAUUUUGUACAAAGAAACCAGUAAAGGGUUUGGACUAAGUGAGGAUGCAAAUAUGCAAUUGAAAUCAUCAUUGUAAUUCUUUCAAAUUGGUCAAUUAUU